GGACAGUGCGGAGGAGCGGCGGCGCGGAGCUCCUGCCGGGCGGGCGGAGCGGGAGAUGCCGGCCCGGAGCAGGGCCCCGCCGAGCUGCCCUGCGCUGGAUCCCCGCUCCGCCAGCACGCCGAGGGGACGCCGGGCCGCCCCCGGCCUGCCGCCAGCCCCGCGCCCCAAAUCAUUGUAGGUUUUGUGUCUUGGAAAUAUGGAAUCAAUCUCUAUGAUGGGGAGUCCCAAGAACCUCAAUGAAACUUUUCUACCAAAUGUUGCUAAUGGCAUCAAGGAUGCCAGUAAGGUCACAAUAGGCAUCAUUGGAAGUGGAGACUUCGCUAAGUCAUUGACAAUUCGACUCAUCAGAUGUGGGUACCAUGUGGUCGUAGGAAGCAGAAACCCUAAACAUGCUGCUGAGUUCUUUCCCCACGUGGUUGAUGUCACUCAUCAUGAAGAUGCAGUUGCAAAAACAAACAUCAUUUUUGUAGCCAUACACAGAGAACAUUACACCUCUUUGUGGGACCUCAAACAUUUACUUGCUGGUAAAAUUCUGAUUGAUGUCAGCAAUAAUACAAGAGUAGACCAAUAUCCAGACUCCAAUGCAGAGUAUUUGGCAUCACUUUUUCCUGAUUCCCUGAUUGUCAAAGGAUUCAAUGUCAUUUCAGCUUGGUCACUGCAGUUAGGACCAAAGGAUGCCAGCAGACAGGUCUAUAUAUGCAGUAACAAUGUUCAGGCUCGCCAUCAAGUUAUUGAGCUUGCCCAUAAGCUCCGUUUUAUUCCUAUUGAUUUGGGGGCAUUGUCAUCUUCAAGGGAAAUUGAAAACUUGCCUCUGCGACUGUUCACCCUGUGGAAGGGGCCUGUACUGAUUGCCAUUAGCCUGGCAACAUUUUUCUUCAUCUAUUCCUUCAUCAGAGAUGUAAUCCAUCCAUACCUGAGACACCAGCAGAGCGACUUUUACAAGAUUCCCAUUGAGAUCGUGAACAAGACUCUGCCAGUUGUUGCAAUCACUUUACUUUCUCUAGUGUAUUUAUCAGGACUUAUUGCAGCUGCUUACCAGCUUUACUAUGGCACUAAGUAUCGGCGGUUUCCGCCUUGGCUGGACAGCUGGCUCCAGUGUCGGAAGCAGCUUGGGCUGCUCAGUUUCUUCUUUGCUACAGUGCACGUGGUGUACAGCCUGUGCUUACCCAUGAGGAGAUCGGAGCGGUACUUAUUCCUCAACAUGGCCUAUCAACAGGUUCAUGCAAAUGUUGAAAAUUCUUGGAAUGAGGAAGAAGUGUGGAGAAUUGAAAUGUAUAUUUCCUUUGGAAUAAUGAGUCUUGGAUUGCUUUCUCUGCUGGCAGUAACUUCCAUCCCUUCAGUAAACAGUGCCUUAAACUGGAGGGAGUUCAGUUUUAUUCAGUCAACACUUGGAUACGUUGCUCUGCUUAUAAGUACUUUCCAUGUAUUGAUUUACGGAUGGAAAAGAGCUUUUGAAGAAGAGUAUUACAGAUUUUAUACACCACCGAAUUUUGUUCUUGCCCUUGUUCUGCCUUCUGUUGUAAUUCUAGGUAAGAUCAUUUUACUUUUGCCAUGUGUAAGUAGGAAACUGAGAAGAAUUCGAAGAGGAUGGGAGAAAAGCCAUGUUAUAGAAGAAGUAAGUGGGUCUGUUCCACAUCUCUCCCCAGAAAGGAUAACUGUAAUGUGAUUAUUUUUGUGAUUAUUAUGUGUUGUACACCUGGGUUUUUUUUGUCAUAAACUUGUAUUUUUAGGAGUUUAGUUAAGUAGGAGUAAAGUCACUUGUUUGGUAUAUGGUAGAAACUGCGAUACUACCAAACUAUGAGAAGUUUAUAACUAGAUGACUAAUACUUCUGAUAACUACAAAAAUAUUUUUGUUUUGAAUUACAGAGAGCAGAUUAUUAUGAAAUAAAAAAAAAUUUUUAAUGUUCUUUUCCACAGUUAAAUCAUAACAGUAUUUUAUUAUAACUAUGCUUUUCAGAUACUUCUUUGACUUAAAGCAUGUGUGUCAGAGGGAUGCUGAUUAAUACCACAUUUUCUGGGCAGUAUUUCUUUUAGUAAAACCACACUUCUGUUACUGAGUUCAGAAUAUAGACUAAUAAAUAAUUUAGGACAUAAUCAUGUUUUGCAACAAAUUAAUUUGUAGUGAUCACAGAAUUAUGUAAUCACAGAACAGUUUGAGUUGGAAGGGACCUUAAAGAUCAUCUCGUUCCAACCUCCCUGCCAUGGGCAGGGACACCUUCCAAUAGACCAGGUUGCUCAAAGCCCCUUCCAACUUGGCCUUGAACACUGCCAGGGAUGGGGCAUCCACAGCCUCCCUGGGCAACCUGUUCCAGUGUCUCACCAUCCUCACAGUGAGGCAUUUCCUCCUAAUUGAGCUAAACCUACUCUCAUUCAGUUUGAAUCCAUUCCCCCUUGUCCUAUCACAGCAUGCCACUGCCCUCUCCAGCUUUCUUGAAGGCUCCCUUCAGGUACUGGAAGGCUGCUAUAAGGUCACCCCUAAGCCCUUCCUUUUCCAGGCUGAACAAUCCCAAUUCUUUUAGCCUUUCCUCAUAGGAGAGGUGCUCCAUCCCUCUAAGCAACUCACUCCAGUAGGUCCUUGUCCUUCCCAUGCCAGGGACCCCAGAGCUGGAUGCAGCUUUGCAGGUGGUGUCUAUAGAGGGACAGAAAUCAGCUCCCUUGCCCUACUGGCCAUACUAUUUUUUGUGCAGCCCAGGAUACAGCUGGCUUUCUGGGCUGUCAGCACACAUUGCCAGCUCAUGUCCAGCCUCUCAUCCAUCAACACUCCCGAAGUCCUCAGCAGGGGUGCUGUCGAUUCCUCCAUCCCCUGGGCUCUAUGGAUACCAGGGGUUAUCCUAACCCAGGUGCAGCAGCUUGCACUUGGUCAAGUGUAUUGCACAUGUACAGUUUAUUUGUUUCUGUGUGGUUUUACACCAUUCUGUGAUUUUAAUAUGCAAACCUAGUUUCCAUUAUAGUGUGGUUGUACAUCUUGUAAGCAAAUAGUAUUGUACUAGCAUGGUCAUUUAUUUUCAAAAUAUUACAUAGUAUUUUAGACCUUUGGCAUUUCUUUAUUUACAAGCAUUACAUAAUAAAGACUCAAACGUGCUAUACAAUAAUUAGAAAGAUGUGUGCAAGUAACUAGUUUUUGAUUUUUGAAUGAGUUUGAAAUAUCAGGUAAUAUUUUAAAACAAAAACAAAAGCUGCGAAUUCAGCAACAAUAAAUAUUUAUUUUCACUGUGAAACUUCCAAUAUGUUGGAAGCAUCACAAUACUCAUGUUCUGUAUGUGUCUACACUGGAGUUUGUUAUUACAUAUGAAUUUCCCAGCGUGUGUCUUAAAUUCUUAGUAUCUUUUUGUGCAAAUCCAAUGUUCUAUUUUUAUAUAAAGGUCUAACUUUUACAAUGAGUGUCUCUGGAAUAUGCCUGAAGUUUUGAGAAAUAAAAUUAUUAUUAUUAUACUUAAAAAUUAGUUUAUCUCUAAAACUUGGCAUUUGCAUUUCCUGAUGGAUUCUAAACAACAUUCACAAUUAUUUAUUACUGCUGCUGUCAGUAGUAAUUACUCUUCUCUGACAAAAUAGCCAAGCUCAACUCAUACCUUCAGGCUACUCCUGCUUAAUUGGCAAAACUUUUAUUUCAGUGAAUCAGAAUGUGUAUUUAGUCCUAAUUUUCUUUACUUGUAUGUAAGUCUAUUUUUCUUAUCUAUAUUUGCACUGCUUAAGAUCUCUGAUUUUCUUAGAUGAGCGUUUAUUAUUUAUUACUCUGGAAGAAUUUGUCAUAAUCUAUAUCAUACAUAAGAAAUAUACAGUACUUAAGCUUGAAUUUAUCCUUAAACAUCACUAGUCCUGUAAUCUCAUUGUCUCUGCUUGUAGAGAAACCAAAAGCUGCACAGAAAAAGAAUAUUCUAGAAUCAAACUCUGCCCCCAGUUACACCAACCUAAAGCUAAAGAGUUCAUGUCAGUUGUUCUUAAUUUCAUUUCAAAUUCAAAAUAUCUGCAACAAUUUUAUUUUCAUUCUAGUGUCCCAAUUACCCAAACUUGCACAUCAAGCCUGUGUAUAUUCUAUAUACUUGCUGCAAAUUGAGAGACAGUGAAAUAAUCUUUUAUUUUAAGCAUGUUCAAAUUUAGAGGUGAAAACUAAAUUAUUUGCAUUCUUUUUUUCCAGAAUUAAAGCAUUUGUAUAUGUCUUUAAACAGGUUUUGUAUCAAAUGAGAGGUCAGUAAAUUCUUUUUGGAAAUGGAGGUUUGUGAAAACAUUUUUUUUUUUGAUAAAAAAUCAACUAUAUGUUACAUGUGUCAACAGAAAUUUAAUACCUUUUUCAGUUAACAUAUUUUCAAUUUCAAGUAGUUGGAAAUCUCAGAUUUAUCCUCCUUUAUAAGCUUUGGGGAUGGAAUCAAUUGGAAGGAAAAAGUUAUGCUAUUUCACCAUUUUUUGAAAAGUAAUAUAAUAAUAACAGCUAUAAUUGGUCAGGUUAAGGUCUUUGAGACUUGUCUCCAAUAGCUGACAAGUGGCAGAUGCUUCCAAAAAGAAAGCACGUGUCCAGUGACCUUUUUUUCCUGACAUAACCUCUCAGCCUCUUGGAAAUCAAUAAUUUAGGAGUUAUUUGAGAUAGAUGCUGCCUUCAUAAGUAUGUCCUCCAAAAAUUUAUUAAACCUUUUUAGAAAUUUGAAAGUUCCCCCUUUUUUUUUUUUUUUUUUAGAAAAAUAAAGAAAAAGAAAAAAAGUUUAUUAAAGCUAUCAAAUAAAUAAGGAAUGUUUGCAUUCUUUAUUUUUUCCAAAACCAAAUCAGUUUGUUUCAGGGUACUUAUUUUAUUGUUUCUCCUCCAAUAUGCAGCUAUUUCAGUGAUACUUUGGUGAUACACAAGUAAAAUACUAUUUUAUCAGACAUCCUAGACAUUAAGUGAAAAACCUGUCAUUGCUGAAGACAGAUGAGAGCCUAAUCUAGUACAAAUGAGAUUUUCACAUAAAAAUGAAGAACAAGUGACAAUUACAAUUUCUAACUUACUUUGUCUAUAAAUACAUUCCAGUACCAAAACCUGUCUAUUUCUUGAAAGGCUUGCAGGAUUAGAGUUCCUGGACUAUUUCCUACUCCUAUAUUGCAGAGCAAAACCACACAAAGUUGAGGCAUUGUGCUUUGAUCUUGUAAAGAAAGUUAAUUUUAAAAAUCUUAGAAUACACAAAGUCUUGGAGAAUUUUAAUGGGAUAAAUACCAUGCUACAUUCUACCCCAGUCCUGUGCAUGAAACCUGAUCAAAAUCUCUAGAAUGGGAUAACUGAGAGCAGAAUUUUGUACCUCUGAACAGAUUUAGGGCAGAAACUAUUACCAUUAACAAUCUAACUACAUUUCAAAAUUAAAUAUGCUGCUCUUAUUUUAUAGUAACUUUACACUUCUGUAGAAUGUGUAGUAGUGUAGUAAUGUUCCCUACACUUAUCUAAUUAUUUUGGUGCAAUACUGAUAAUGUUGCAGAAAAUUACUGUUAAAGUCCAUAUACAUUGUACUGUAAUGCAACCACUGACAGUAUAUACAGAAAUGUAUUGGCCCUCUUUCCUAUGCAAAAAGUUAUUUCCUCAUUAAAUUUAUUUGAGAAUGUUUAAACUGUUAAAUUUUAAACUGCCAAAGGUGUCUGGAGAGAAUAAUGAUAUGUCAUUCCUUUUUUCAAACUUUGUGUAGAAAAUUAAAAAUGUGUUUUAAUUUUAUAUGUUACUUGAAAGGUUGAAAUAUUUAAGUAUUAAUAAAUAGAUAAUAUUUUUAGAUCAAAUAUAUGAAGACAUUUUGUGAAAUAUUUGUGCUACAAAAAUUAUAUAUGGUUUCCUGUUAGGCCAUGUAUUUACUUCUAACUGGAAUAUCAUGUUGACUUGUGAUUUAAUAUUUUGUAAUGUUCUUUAAGGACCAAUUCACUUUAACAAGACAUUUUUAAGUCUGAAGGUGAAAUGACGCUCACGCAUUUACCACACGUUGUAUCAUGCUUAUGUUUAGUCACAUAAGGGAUCUUUAUUCAUGUGACCAAACACAUUGAUCUCUAUAGAAGAACUCACCUUAGGACUUCUCACUGGAAAAAGACCUGAAACUAAUAGUUUAGUGUCAACUGCCUAAAUAUAAACAACUAAAUUAAUGUAGACAUCCUGGUUACCUUGGAGAAUAAAUACAUAUUUUGAGGAAUAGCCAGCUAGAAAAAUAUUUUUGUGUAGCUUUAUAUAAGUUGCUUAACUGCCUAAGGAAAAAUAAGUAAUGAAAUAAGUUUUAUUUCUGUUUAUUACUGUACAGUUAAAAACGUAGUGCUUAAUAUGUGAUACAAAACUGUACACAUCAUGUUAUAAAAUGGAGACCUCUAGCAACAGGUUAUUUGUAUCCUAUGAAUAUUAAGGUAAUCUUUCUUAACAUUGUCUAAAGUAGAGUUCUAUUAUAAGUUCCAUGUGUCUUUAAUUUUAUCUUACAAUUCUGUUAACUGUGGCAACUAUGUACAAGUUAAUUAAGUGCCCAUGUUCCUGAAUUAUUUAGAGAUUAAUUAUUUUGUAAUUGUUUUGCAAGUUCUCUCAAUUGUGGUAAUGGUUACUGUGAAUUGGUGCCACAUUUAACUUUCUGUUCCAACACUGUGAACUAUAUGAUGUGCCAACAUGAGAAAAUACAUUCAUAUUUUUAUUUGGCAUUAAUUAAUUGUGUGUCUGUAUGUUUGCGUCUAUAUGGUAUUAGCUGCCCAACCAGCACUAAAGGAAAUUAUUGAUUAAUAUAAGGAAAUGAGUUCCCAAGUGGCUAUAAAUUUCACAGGUAUGAAUAUAGUUAGGAAACAGCUUUCUUUUCAAAGUUAUAUAUAUCAGGUGCAUAAAAAUUAGAUAUAUUUUUUCAGUAUAAUAUUUUCAUGUGUAGUUGUAGUGGAUGCACAUGCAUAACUCCUUCAGACAGUGCAUCUCCUAAUACAUAAGGUUUUGAUUUCUUGGCUGUUCAUCCUGUAGUAUCUUCUAUCAAUAUAAUGAGUAAUGUUGCAGUACUGAUAUUGUAUUGUUAUAUGAUACUGCUUUAAUUAAUUAGACUAUAACCUUUAAAAUAAGUGACAAAUUGAACUGACUUGAAAAAUGAUCUCUAUUAUUAUAUAUUGUUUCUCAUGCCUUGCUGGCAGUGUCUUACAGUGAGCAUAAUAUGUCUCCCAUGUGUAAUAUUCUCUUUGUAGUUGUGUUUGUCAGACUGUUUGUGCUGUCUCUCUGAACAGGGCUAUUAUAAAUUAUUAGUAAUGCUCUUAUCUAUUUUUCCACAGACUGUGUUUUACACAAAAAUCAAUAAAAAUCAAUGUAAGGUA